UCAUCAAGAAGUAGUGUUGGACAGACAUGGAGGAGGCUCCACAGGGAACGUUUCAAGAUGAGCUGGACUGGUGUAUCCAACAGCUGGAAACCGGCCUCCUACGACGCAAUCCCACCCCACAGCAAGCACAGGACACUGAGAAGAUACUUAAGGUCCUGCAUUCUCGGAAAUCCCCCCAUGUGAAGAAGAGGCAGGUCAUGAAUCAAGUCUUUGGAAACUACCGCCUUAAAAUGACCGAGGAGAGACGGCAAAAAGAAAACGCAGCCAAACCAUCUCCUAAGGUUCAGAUCGAGGAGGUGACCCAUCCAGAUUCUCGCAGUGUGGCCUACAGGAAGUGCCCCAGGGACGGUCAGGGCACCAGCAGUGCACAUUGGUUCACGCCGUCUGACAGUAGUUUUAGCUUCAAUUUCUGCACAGAACAAACUGAGGGCUUGGAAGGAGCUGGCCCGGAAAAUACAGAAGAUGGUGAUGCCAAAUGUGAACAAUUAGAAAUCAGCAGCAUAGGGAGUAUGUUGAGCUCUAAAGAAGAAUCUGGCUUCAGCUUUAAUUUCCAGAUCUCCGAGGAUGCAGCAUCUUCAUCUCAGAACUGCGAAGGUCAGGAGUCUAUGGCGAACACAUCGAGUGGCCAGCCCAGCGCUAUUCAUUCAUUAUCAGAAGUCAGAAAUGUAGCGGAGUCACAAGAAGCCUCAUCACAAAAUGUGGCUACUUCGGAAGAGGCUUGUAGCACUUCGGGGCUAUCGGCAAAUCAGAACUUGACACUGGAGGCUGCUGUGCAAAAUGUAACUGACUCUCCAAAGAAAAAGAAGAAGAAGACGACUCAGAAAAAGAGUCAUUGUGCCCAGGCGGAGAAGAAGCCGGAGGAACACAAAGCAGACACAGAGAAAUCACCUCCAGCUAGUGAAGAUGGUCAGUCUGGAGCCAGUGAGCUGCAGAGGGAACUGGACUGGUGUGUGGAACAACUGGAAAUAGGACUACAGCGACAGAAGUCCGCACCUAAAAAAGUGGAAGAAGCAAUGCGUGCCGUCAGAACACUGCGUGGCGAGAAAGUGGCCUUGGUUAAGAAACGGCAAUUGAUGCGCACAAUGUUUGGCGAUUACCGACGCAAGAUGGAAGAAGAGAGACAGAAGCAGCUAAAGCUAAUGCAGGCAGCUGCCAAAUCUGCACGGGUAAUUGAGGUUUCAGAAACCGCAAGACGGAAGAGCAGCAAGGUUUUCCGGAAGAGCGCACGCCAAUCCCACAGCGACAAUGGGCAAGACCUUCCCGCCGACUCCCAAGACCCGCCUACCCAGGCAGCUCCUGACCAAGGAGGAUUCAUUUUCCAGUCAUCCCAGGAGCCGUUCCGUUUCAAUUUCUUGUAAUGAAUGACCUCAUGGACAGCAUAGCUGUCAUUUGUCGAUGGA